AUGAAGAUGAAAAGUAAUCAAAAGAAAGCUUUAGAUAGCAUAAAAAAAGAUAUUCAGAAGUUGGUGGUUUCUUCUAAUUAUGAUGAUGCAUGCAGAAACAAAGCACAAGAAAUCAUUAAUCAAUGGAAGGAUUGGUCAAUUACACCAGGGGAUAAUUUGAAAUGUUCUAAAACAAUCGAAAAUAUACAUUUAGCAGAAUCUUCACCUAAAAUCUCACCACAAGUUUCCCAACAUUUAACAGAACUAAUGUCAACACCUAACAAAUAUUCCCAAGAUAUCUCCUUAAUAUGUGCAUAUGGAAAAACGAUCUUGGAGCUGACAUUAGAAAUUGGCAAGGAGCUCACUAAGGAACUGUCCUCCAUACAUGAUAUCAAUCCUGCUAUUUGGACACCUGGUUUGGAGGUGUAUAUUGAUACUGUCCUCAAAGAAUCUGGAUACAAUUUUAAAACAGCAGUCCAAAAUAAAGUUCCAGAUAAACUUUUCCAACUGUACUGCAAGAAAGUUCUUCUUGACUUGUAG